AUGAGCUCUGGUUCCUGGGUACCGGGCAUGGGACAGGCCUGGGGGGCUGCUGGGACAUUGUGGAGAAGACUACAUUUCCACUGGACAGCGCGGUUUGACAGUGAGGAGAUGCUUGCUCUAACGCAGUGUGACGAGCUCAGCCGAGUGUACUGUGAAGACCACAGACUGUCCCAUCACGCCACCUGCCAGCAGAGUCCUUCUCCAGGCUCCACUGUCCAGGAGGUUCCAGCUCAGACCAGCGAAGCCCUCAAACACAGCCCUAGACCCUCCAGACUGCUAGUGAGAGAGGAGCAAGACAGCCCUAGACCUCUGGGGAGAGAGGAGCAAGACAACUCCAGACCCUGCCGACCGGUGGCUAGAAAGGAGCAAGACAGCCCCAGACAUUCCAGACUGCUGGGGAGGGAAGAGAAAGACACCCCUAGACCCUCCAGACCGCUGGGGAGAGAGGAGCAAGAAGUCGCCUCUAUUGGCUAUUGCCCCAAACAAGUAAUACGUAAAGUUAGCCAGGUGUCUGUCACUGACGCCGCGACUAUAACAGCGUGGGAGGCCAGCUGGAAUGUGACCAAUGCUAUCCAGGAGAAUCCUAUUGUGGCUGUGGGAGCGCGUCCUUGA